AGGGCCAAGGACGGGAGAUAACUUCCGACGCUCAGAAGAAUCUGACAAUCUGUCAACCCAACCCCUCCGACUGUUGUGAUAUUGUGAUAGAAACGUUUGGUUCACAAAUCGCUUGUCGAGACUACAGCUGGCAUCUGGCUUGAUCUUUGAAACUGAUAUCAUGUGAUGGGAAAGGGUUUUAGAGAUGUAUUAAAUGAAUUAAACGAUUUUGAAAAAUUGUCCAGUACCCUAACCUGACGUAGUACUGCUUCUCUGCCAAGCUUGGACCUCCUAAUGUGAAAGGGAAAGGGAAACGAACGUAGAAUCAAUUCUAAGAAUGGAGACUGACGAACCACAGUCUAACGUAGCCCUACCAUCGCAGCCACGGCAGUUUGUUGGUACCACCGAGAUGGCAGGGUCAUCAGCUUCUGUCCCCCAACAUAUCCAUUACCAUUUUCACACUCACCAACACCCAGCCCCAUCACUGCCAUCAGCAGUCAGUUUUGGAGAAGCAUCGGUUCAUUCUGAGCCAGAGAGACUUCACUUAGCCGACUUAGCGAUAGUUGACGAUGAUUCGCUUGGCAUUGGGGCCGCAACCUCAAAUCUGAGUCUAAAUUCUAGUUCUAGUUCUAGUAUUCCGAGAGAACCCAGUAUAGACAACAGAAUGGAACUUCUUUUGGCUUCAAGGCAUUCUCUACAGAGACAAAUUAGGAAUGACGAGUUGCCUGUUUUGUCUUUUCCAUACUUCGAUCCUGCAAAGUUGAAGCCAAUUGACUUCAGCCUUCCGGUACCUGUGGGAGAUAUUGUACUUUUUAACACGACUACUUCCUCCCUGGCCUCUGGAAGUUCGGGGGAGUCUUCCGAAGACUCUCAGCCUCAGCAGCUUCAGCUUCUUCCUCUGUCGCACGGCAGGAGACAAAUGAGGCUGGCCAGAAAACGCUUCCUCUUUCGAAUUGGCCUGAGGAAUUCCUUUACAGAAGUGAGAAAUUUUAUGAGUGCCGUAAACCAGGGAGAUCUUGUGAAAGUGUCAGGUCUGCUACACGAGGGAGUUAACCCCAACGCUUGUGACCAGAAAAGGCGAACGCCUCUCCACGUAGCGGUCUCCAGGGGACAUUUCGCCAUCGCUCACUUGUUGCUGGCCCACAAGGCAGACCCGAAGAUGAGAGACAUUUUAGGAAACACUCCUCUCCACUUAGAAAUGUUUCAAUCUUUAUUUUCAGCCGUGUGUUAUGGAGACCGCAGGGUGGUUCGACUUCUGAUAGAGAACGGAGCCAGCAUCCACAUCAAGGACAACAAUGGCCGCACGCCUCUCUCCAUUGUCAAGUCUCGGCUCAACACACUCCGAGGAGACCGCAGCGUCUCCACUGACACUCUCAAAGGGGAAUUCAUGUUGAUGGCAGAUUUCCUCCAGCACCAUGAGAAGCGACUUCAGGCAGAGGCAGCGCCGGCGCCCGUGGAAGAUUUGUGUCGUCUGAUGGAGGGCGUGUCCACGCGGGAACAGGCCGACGAAAUCGCAGACGCCAUGAUCAGUAAAAUGUCCAGCCUGUGCAUUGAGAAUCAGACAAGACAGACGCCCAUAUGCCAUCCCAUCUUAUAGUAAAGCCUUUAUAACAAG